CUGACUUCUCUCUGCUGGAACUGCUGAGCCCCCCGUGUCUUGAGCCCCCGGACCCUGGGGAUAUCCAGUUGUCUGCCGCUGACUGUUGCCUGCAGCCGCCUGUUCCGGGAGGGGCCACUGGAGUGACUGACAGAUUUCUCUCUGACACCCCCGCCCCAUGGGACCUACCACCCUGACUCUCCCUCCUACGAGGUCCCUGAAUCCACCAUUCUCUGCCUGCUGCAGGAAGCGGCCAAGUUGGAUCCGUUGUUCAUCAGCCCUGACCCCCCCUCAAUGGGUAGUGGUCUCACCCCUGACCCACAGGAGGGGGGUAACUCCCCCAGAACCGUGAUCAUUCACCCUGCCCCUGACUCACAGGAGGGCAGUCACUCCCCCAGGAGAGUGACCCUUCCCCCUGGGCUCUGGGCCGAGGGGCUGAUGGGUGCAGAUGAGGUGAGUGAGGACCCCCCCCCAGUGCCCGCUGCAUUUGGGGGGGCUUCUGUCCCCACAUCGGCUGCAGCUGCAGAUUCUGUGGCUGCAGAUGUGCAGAGGGAGGGAGUGGGCAGGUUUGGGGACAAAGGUCAGGAUGGGGCUGACCACUGUCUAGUCCAGCAUUUGGUCUCACCCCCUGACCCCCACACCCACCCCUUGUCACUCGUCCGCACUAGGACUCCUCGCAAGCAGCCCCACCCCCAGCGCAGUGCCCAGAGUGGGGACCCCUCCUUCGAGGGGGUCACAGUCUGCAUGGAGAGGGAGCUGGUGGGUCCUCUGGACUGUCGUCUGCACAUCACCGCCCAAUACAGCCCAGGACUACAGCAGAAGUUAACCCGGUUCCGGUCCCACAGGGAGACCACCUUGACCUCCCACCUCAGCAGCUCUGAGGAGGAUCCGUGUCCUGGCCACGAAAGGACGAGGAGGUGUGCCUCCUGUGGUACACAGAGGACACCCCUGUGGAGAGAUGCUGAGGAUGGAACUCCCCUGUGUAAUGCCUGUGGAAUCAGGUACAAGAAGUAUCGGAUUCGGUGCCCAAAGUGUUGGCACAUCCCCAAGAAAGAAGGGAAAUGUUUUGUCCGUUGCCUACGGUGUGGGGACCCCCUUCGACUGCUCAUGAAUGCGAGGAAGGGGGCAAGCUGCUGAUGGCCAAGAUGGGACGGCUGGAAGCGAACUCCUCGUCACCCACCAGAAUUGGUGUGAAAAUGGACUGCAGCAGCACUAACCUAUUUAAUGACCUGUUGUAAUGUUAGGAGUAGCUGGUCUCCCUGUCAUAGGGUAGGGGAGAGAACUUUUCACUGCUGCAAUGGUGGGGCUCUAUCCCCUGUUGUAGUAUGGGUGCAGGGUG